CCAAUAUCAUUUCGCUGAUUUAACUGAUUGAGCUUGGAUCAUGUCUGGAAUUGUGCUGUACGGAAUGGACAUUAGUCCGCCAGUGAGGUCCUGCCAGCUGACUCUGCGGGCCCUGGACUUGGAGUACGAGUUCAAGGUGGUGGAUCUGCUGGCCGGAGAGCAUCGCAAGGAGGAGUUCCUCGAGAAGAAUCCGCAGCACACCAUUCCGCUGCUGGAUGAUAAUGGAGCCCUCAUCUGGGACUCACAUGCCAUCGUUUGCUACCUGGUGGGCAAGUAUGCCCAGACGGACGAACUCUAUCCCAAGGAUUUGGUGAAGCGUGCCCAGGUGGAUCAACUUCUGUACUUCGAUGCCAGUGUCCUGUUCAUGGCGCUGCGUAAUAUCUGUGCUCCGUAUUUCUACAACAAUGUCACGGAGAUUUCGCGGGAGAAGGCCGACAAUGUGCGCGAUGGUUAUGCCCAUCUGGAGACCUUUCUGGCCGAUAAUCCCUACAUUGCCGGCGAUAACCUGACCGUGGCGGAUCUAUGCUGUGCCGCCACAGCCUCAUCCCUGCCGGCCUUUGUCCCACUGGAGGCGGAGAAGUAUCCGAAGGUCACUGCCUGGCUGGAGCGCCUCCAGCAGGAACUGCCCUACUACGAGGAGGCCAAUGGUGUGGGGGCCAAGAAGUACGUGGACUUGCUGAAAGACCAGCUGACACUUCUGUAAACAUGGGUUCCCACAAUCACCGAAGUGCGUGGCCUCAUCAAUUUUUAAUUCUCAGCCAAUUAAAACAAGUUGAUGGAAAACGUUCGACAAUACCGCCAAAAAAGUGGGACGGCGUCAAAUAAACUGCAUAAAGAAUUCA